CAAAAGAUCAGUGUAGCUCACUAUCGAUUUCAAGUUACAUUGUUUCAGUUUCAAAUUUCAGAAUGUUCGAAUUUUGAAUGACGAUAAUCAAAGUUGGACAUUGAAUGAAAGGAAGAAGAAAGAAGGAUGCGGAUCGAUGAGUGUUCAACGAAUUUUUGAAUUUAUUAAAUUUCAUGUGUACCAUUGAAAAUUAACUUAUCGUGGAUUGUCGUAUAUGUGAAUUUCGCGUAAUCAGUUAUGAACUAAUAAAGAUUCGCGGAAAAAAAGAAAGACGCAUUAAACAUUGAGAGGAAAAGAUAUUGAGAUUUAAUAAAUUUGUAUGUAACGGACACGAACAUCUUAAGAAAACGAGAUAAUUCCGGUUAAUAAGCGAGAGAAAAAGGAUGAAAUACAAGUUGCGUCACAAGUUGCAUGAAUAAAUCGAUGAACGAAUAAAGAAGUCUAAACUGUAAUGAAUAAUCGAGGCAAGCAUUUUAAGGAAAACAGCGUGAUACAACGAUUAUGUUCGUAUCGUUAAUUCACACUCAUCUUAUAUCAUCUUGUAUCAUCUUGUUUAAGUAAUACAAACGAAAAAAGUGGCUUGGUACAAAUGGCUGAGAUGAAUGAUGCGGAGGCAAAUAACGAAAGGAAUGCUAUAAGUGAGAUGAAACAAGAAUCGAUGUUCUCAUGGCAAUGUGAAAUGAAAGAUGCAAAGAAAUUAUGUGAAAGUAAAAGAAAAUUGGUCACAAUUGGUAUAUUAACGGUAAUCAUGAUUGUUUUGUCAAUAACGCUGGUCUCGCAGAUGGUUAUUUAUUGCAAGGGAGACUAUAAUGAGAUAUGCCAGAGCGAAGAAUGUGUGAAGACAGCUGUUAGAAUAAUGGACGCGAUGAACAGAUCCGUUGAUCCUUGUCAAGAUUUUUACGAAUUCGCUUGCGGCGGUUGGAUUUCAAGGAAUCCUAUACCGCAUAGUCAAACUUCCUGGGAUCAAUUGAGUGUUCUUAGAGAACAAUUGCUAAAAGAUCUAAGAAUAUUGCUCGAAAAAACGGAUGAAGAGAACGAUUUGAGACCCGUCAAGUUGGCUAGAGCUUUAUACAGAACUUGUAUGAACAUAACGGGCAUCGAAGCUUUGGGAAUGAAACCUGUCUAUGAAAUGUUUGAUAGGCUCGAAUUACCAAAAGAUCCAUUUGCACAAAACGAAACUUUGUCUUUCGAUCUUCCUGAUAUUGUCGGAAGAAUACAGAGAGUUUUAGGUUUGAAUGUGUUCCUAAAUUUUUACAUCAGCGAAGAUAUACGAGACACGGCGAAAAAUAAAAUGAUGAUAGAACAAACGUCGCCAGGAUUUAACGAACGUUAUUUGCUUGACUCGUUACGAUUUCAAACAGAAUUGACAGAAUACAAGGACUAUAUAAAGAACAUGAUCGAGUUGGCUGGCGUAGGGAACAGAAGUAUCGAAUUUGCUAACGAAAUCUUGAACUUUAGCAAGAAUGUCGCGCGUAUCAUGGAAAGUCCAGAACAAAGACGCAGUGUAGAUCAUCUUGUUUACGAUAUAACUAUCGACGAAUUACAACAGCUGACAGAUUUGUACACACAACAGUGGAACUGGACCAAAUAUUUCGAAGCGGUAUUCAACAAUACAAACGUAACGAUAAAUACUACACUGGAUCAUGUAGUCGUGAUGGAUCUAGAAUAUCUACAAAAAUUACCUAAACUGUUAGCAAUUACUCCAUUCACUACAAUAGUUUGCAUCAGGUUUAGAUCAUAUCAACAAUACUGUAAUCAAAACGUUUCAGCGCGAUUUGUAUGGUGGAACGUUUAUUCGACAAUUGCUCCGUUAACGUUACAACAAUUUCGUGACCUUGGUUUUAAAUUCUCACAGAAAGUUUUCGGUUUAAAAGAAGAGACACCCAGAUGGAAAGCUUGUACCGGAAAUGUGAACGCAAAUUUUGGUAUGGCUCUCAGUUACAUUUACGCGCAAGAACACUUCGAUGAUAGAGCUCGACAAGAGGCUUUAGAAAUGUUGUUCGAUAUUAAAGCAGCAUUCGAGCAAAUGAUUGCCGAAUUAGAUUGGAUGGAUGCUAACACGAGAGCUCGAGCUCAUGCAAAGUUACGCGCAAUAAGACCGUUCGUAGGAAUUCCAGAUUGGAUUAAUAAUUCAGAAAAAUUGAAUAAAUUUUACGAAGGAAUAAAUAUUAUACCUGGAAAAUUGUUCGAAACAUUUUUAUUGUUAAUUGAUGCAGCAACUAAGAAAAGUUUAAACAGUUUGCGUGAGAAACCGAACAAAAAUCGAUGGAUAUCGACCGGAACAACAGUAAAUGCGUUUUAUAGCGCGAUAUUAAAUUCAGUCACAUUUCCAGCUGGUAUUUUGCACCCUCCGUUCUACGGAAAUGGCCUACAAUCUAUCAAUUAUGGUGCUAUGGGCGCAAUUAUGGGUCAUGAAUUAACACAUGGAUUCGAUGAUCAAGGGCGUAGAUAUGAUCAGAAUGGAAAUCUUCGGCAAUGGUGGAGCAACGAGACGUUACGACAUUAUCACGAAAAAGUUCAAUGUAUAAUUCAACAGUACAGUAACUAUCAUUUACCAGAGCUCGCUGAUAAUUUCACAGUGAAUGGCGUGAUUACACAAGGAGAAAAUAUAGCUGAUAAUGGUGGUAUACGAGAGGCUUACAAAGCGUAUCAACGAUUCAAAAAGAGAAAUACUGAUCGACUAGUUUUACCUGGCCUCGUCAAUUAUAGUCAAGAACAAUUAUUUUUUGUGGGCUUUGCACAAGUUUGGUGCGGCAGUUAUACAGAUGGAGCAUUAAAAUCUAAAUUGAUACAAGGAGUUCACGCACCAAAUCAUUUCAGAGUUAUCGGAACUUUAUCGAACAAUGCAGAUUUUGCGAGAGCAUGGAAUUGCCGGGCCGAAAGUUCCAUGAAUCCAUCUCGCAAGUGUGUUCUUUGGUAAUUGUUCACAAUUGGAGACGUAACUGAAUGUUACGAACAAAAUUGUAUUAUUUUUGAAAAAGAUAA